CAGACAUGACAGAGCAGAGUGAGAGAGCAGUCUUGUUGUGAUUUGCGAAAAUGUAAGGGAAUCACUGCACAAGUUAUUAUGCAAGUGCAAGGAUUACACAUAAACUGCAGCAGAUGUAAGGCAACAUCAACAAAGUGACAGGCACCUCCUUGUGACACUGGUUUAGUUUUUGGCUGGAUAGCUUCUGCAAAGAUGGCCUAGUUCAAGCAUAGAUGUAUUUUCAUGCAGCUGUUAAUUGUACAAAUCAUCAACAUCGUCAUUCUGCAUGUUUGGUUUGUUCGGCAGAAGUAUGUUAGUACAGCAGAAUAGUAUACCUGUCCUUGCACGUUUUGCAGGAUUGUGUGUGAUUUUCCCAGAUAGGCAAGAGGGGCUUUCAACAUGACGGACAAAACAGACAGAGAUUGUACACCUGUGCCAUCAGGUGAUGGACACAUCCCGGGUAAGCUUGGAGUGGAUUGUGCACCCUCGCAGAGUGGAACCACAUCAGAUAUAGAGUGGCUCCAACAAUCCCCAGAAAGGUACCAAUUCAUGCAAGCCACAGACAGCCCCCUCUUGCUGCGGUUACAAGGAACUCAGUUAACCAACACAGUUGCUGUUGCUCCUCGUAUGAUUCCUCCCAGGAUGAUGUAUCCAAGAGGCUUACUACCUGCCAUAGGCCAUCAAGGUGCCGUUCCCCUUGGUGUAUUCCCACCAGCAUCCACCCGACAAGCCCCUGCCAGUCUUUCCUGUAUCAGCCGCACUGGUGUCCUCCCCGCUAGCCACUUUGCCUUGGACAGCAUCUCCUCUACCCAAGAGGCUGUUCCGCAGCAUGUUGGCCCGUCCUCUCAUUUACUCGAUCAUGCUCGACUGCAGGAUCCCACUGCAGUCAAGCAAGAGAUGCCACUCACCGGCUCUGGACAGUACUACAGAAGCCUCUUGGAUGCCAAAGUGAGAAUGCACUUGUCUGAAUUGUGCAAGAUUCAGCAGCUUCAGUAUCUGCUUGACCACCAUGUCGCACAGCAGAGAUCUUUGCCAGAACUGCCAGUGGUUGAUAUUUCAUCAGAAGCCCAGCAACCUCUAGAUCUGAAUUGUUCCACAGUAAGCAACUCAAAUAACAUUUUGGUGACUUUAAAAGAACAAACUCCAGAGAGCCAGGAUAGAAUUUUGCAUACAGAAACUAACCUGGAGCUCUCUUGUGUGCCACCGGCAUCUCUGGAAAGCCAUCAAGAUCAGGAGACCUCAGAAAUUGACAGUGAAGAGGAGAUCACUUCCUCUGUACUUGAUAUGUGUCCGAAGAAAAAGCGCAACACAUGUACCACAGAGUUGGUUAAUGUAGUGCCUGAGCUAUAUAAAUCAGUGAUUAGAACCCCUGAAUUGCAGCAGAAUAACCGGGUUGUCAGUUGGGAGACCACAUUACCUCAGAAUCCUUUACCAUCCCUACCUCCAGAUACAUCUUUGAGACACUCUCAUUCAUUGAAUUUGUUGCAACAGCCCAUUAUGAAACCUCAAUCUGGUUUAGUAACGCAAGGCGGCAGACCUUUGCUGCCACUUGUCCAUCCAGAUCUAGGAACAUCAUUAGCCAUCGAGAAAGGAGUAGUGCCAGAAAUGUAUGUUGAGGCUUCCUUUAGGAAAACGAAUUCUUCUGAUGAGGAUGUGCCAGAGCAUGUGCUAUCACUGGUGGCAGAAGUGGGAUGUUCGUCAAAAAGGAACCUGGACACCAUAACCAAAUCAACUUCAGGGAAACUGCAUCAGUCUCUGAAUCCACUGCCUCGUGAAAAAUCAAUGACGAUGGGAUCUUGCUCAGAUAUAAACCCACUGCCACCUGACCUCUCUCCAGUACCUAAUAAAGACAUAGUGGAAGAUGUAUCUGUAUCGCAUGCUUCCCUGAAAAACAAGCCUGCCUCUGUUGAAACUAAACCAGUUGCACAAGAAGAGCAGAGCCAGGUUCCAGAAUCUAAGACCAUUAUCACAGAACUUGACUUCAGAAAGCAACCCCCCGUUGACAACAAAUGUCCGAUAUGCGGGGACAGAGUCUCUGGCUACCACUAUGGCAUGUACUCCUGUGAGAGCUGCAAGGGCUUCUUCAAGAGGACAAUACACAGCAAGCGGCACGAGAAGUUGAAGUGCACAUUUGGCGGGGGAUGCUUGGUAGAUUUAAGGAGUCGAAAGCAAUGUGCUGCUUGCCGAUUUCAGAAGUGCCUGUCCCUCGGGAUGAAGUUGGAAGCUAUCAGGCGAGAUCGUCAACGUGGAGGCCGUAGUCUGUACGAGGGUUCAUCUGAGCAGCGCCGCCUGAUCAAAAUCAAAGAAGAACAAGCAACACAGUCUCCUGUUCCUAAGAAACGCAAGCAAAGACAGCCCUCCAACCAUGUAACGGGGAAGAUCUCAAGUACAUGUAGCUCUUCAACGGGCAAUGGGGGUUCGAAAGCUGGGCCGUCCUCAGUCUCGCCUUGCAUGUCCGAGCCAGGCCCGAGUCGGUUGGCUGUUAAAACUGAACCCAAAUCGCCUGGUCUGCCACAGCUUAUCCAAGAGCUAGUGGAGCAGGAGAAGGUCUUCAUCCAUCAGUCGGUGGGCGAGUGCUGCCUCAGCACACUUCGGGAGGAGAAGAAUCUUCUGGAGACCAUCUGCCACUUUGUCAAUCACCAGAUGCUGCCCUUGGUGAAGUGGGCCAAGGGUCUGCCGAUGUACAGGCAACUCGUGAUCGAAGACCAGAUUAGACUCCUACACAAGAACGUCUUGAGCAUCCUCUGUCUUAACGCCAUCUUCUACUGCCUGGACCACGCUGGUCGCCUCCUGCUUCCCAAGAACCAGGUCAUCGACUUGACCACCUUCAACGCUGCCAAGUUCCACCAGCUGGUGCCGAAGGUCACAUCCAUCGCUGAUCAGCUGCACACGGCAGGCCUGGACCUGCCCGCGUUUGUCUGCCUCAAGCUCAUCCUGCUGCUCAGUCCAGAUGCCCCGAUGGUGCAGAGCAGCGAGCAAGUCCAGGCCUACCAGGAGACCGCGCAAGAGGUGUUCUUUGACCACAUCACCCACGCACAGCCAGGCAACAGCCGCGCGUUGGGCAACCUCAUGCUGGGCCUGGCGGCUAUCGAGCGCAUCGCCCAGCAGCUCAACCAGGAGACGGUCUGGGACGUGGCCGUGGUCGAGCGCACGUUUCGUCAUGAGGAGGAUGUUUGCUCAGACCGGCCCUGCAUUCGAUACAGGGUGCUGUGAGAUUACAAAAAAACAGCCUACAUUUUAGUCGUUUCUGAUUGUUAUUGUAAGUAUAUGCAGUUCAUAGCUCUGUUCCUUGGAAAGAGUUUGUAUACAUGUUUGUAAAAAGUGAAAAUUAUGAUAUAGUUGUUACUCAGGCUGAAAU